AAAGCGCAAGCGCCGUUCAAGUGCCGUCGUCCAUUAGCCUAGAGCAGAGCUGGUCGACGGUGGCAGAAUUGGGCUCGAUCAAGUGCCGACAGCCGCGGGUUCGGGUGUCCCCUAUCGACGGCGGCAGCAAGGGAGUGGCCAGGGUGCCCUUCGGGGCCGACGUCAGCGCAGGAAGGGGCGGGCCCGCAGUCCCUCCCCCCGUGGCCGCUUUGCCCCCCCCCCCCCUUCCGAGUCAUUCACUCUCGCACGCAGCCUCCUCCUCCUCCUCCUCGCAGCCCGAGCUUGAGAUCCGACGCGAGGGGGAGCGACUCGAGCCCGGCUUUUUUCCCGAUCGGCCGGCCAAGUCCACGCGGUUUUGUCGGCUUGUUCGCCGCCAGCGCAGUCGACCGAGCGCAGCGUAGUCGCGAGCUCAGCCCUGCCGCCGCCCCCACGCCGGGGGAUUGCGAGCGCGGACCCCGCGCGUCAAUCCACGGGCGGCUCCCACCCUCUCCCUCGCCCGAAACAUGGCGCGUGCUGGCUGCGCAGCGCGGACGGGAGCCUGAGUGCCCGCGCCAGCAGCGACAGCAUUCGGCGCCACGCAGCAUGCACAGCCUGUACGGCGACCACCACGGCCAGGGCUACUACCGCUACAGCGGCUACUCGUCGCCUCCGGCGGCGGGUGGCUCCGGGGCCAGCUCGCCGGCGCUGCAGCUUUACGGUGCGGCGCACGGCCAAGAGCCACUGGGAGCGUAUCCAGGCCGCAUGGGUCGCCAGCCGCAGUACGUGGCGGCACCGUACGCGGCAGGUGCCAUGGCCAUCCAGCAACAGGCUCCCAAAGACAUGGUAAAGCCACCCUACUCGUACAUUGCGCUUAUUGCCAUGGCCAUCCAGAAUGCGCCCGAGAAGAAGAUCACGCUGAACGGCAUCUAUCAGUUCAUCAUGGACCGCUUCCCGUUCUACAGGGAGAACAAGCAGGGCUGGCAGAACUCCAUACGACACAACUUGUCGCUCAACGAGUGCUUCGUCAAGGUGCCUCGCGAUGACAAGAAGCCCGGAAAGGGCAGCUACUGGAUGCUCGAUCCCGACAGCGUCAACAUGUUCGAUAACGGUAGCUACCUGCGCCGACGCCGGCGCUUUAAGAAGAAGGACAGCACCAAGGACGCCGCCAAGGACGAGGCGCAACGCAAGUCUUCUGAACUGGAGGACAAGAAGCCUGCAAUCAAAUCACAGGCGAAUAACGGCCCCAGCAGCGGUCGUACCAGCGGCGAGAGUCACCAGGCGGUCACUCCGAAGACGGAGCCCGUGGCGGACUCCUGCCUGCUUGCCUCGUGCAAGUAUGAAGCGCGGCCCUUGACGCAGCCGCUCGGCGAGCAGCAAGGGGCGCUGACACUUGACCCGUCCUUGUCCGCAUUCAGUGUGGACAGCCUUAUGACGCGCGACCAGGCAGCGGACGAGCUGAGCCACUACUCGCGGCCCCUCUUUCAAGCUGCCAUGACACCGUGCCCGAGCCCGGCGACCCUUAGCUACACGUGCAGCUCGCCAGGAGUGUACGCCGACAGGGGUGGAUCCACCAGCGACGACACCGCGGCGGUCAGCGGCACGGACUCUCUGCCAGCCAGCCAGCAGCAGCACUACGCAGGUACCCGGCCUGCGUGGUACACCAUGCAGCAGCAGUUGAUCGAUCCCUCCGAAGCGUACGCGGCCACUAACGGAUUCAGGGAAGCGUAUGCAGGUGCGAGUGCCGCGCCUGGAAGCAACAGUACCACCAGCGGUCAGAGUUCCUACCAGGUGGGCUUCCCGCUCAACAACACUUACCAGAGGUCCUACACGGCAGGCUACGACUGCACCCGAUACUAGGUACAGUGGCACCUCCUCUCUAGAACAAGUUCUGCGGUCGUACUGCACCGUGCCCGUGGUCUGUGCGUGAUCCGUCUCGACCAAGAGGCUUCUGGAACGUGAACAUUUUGUGUGGAUGUGAACUGGCACGAAUUCAAGGGCCCGUGCUGCGCUUGAGUCUUAGGACGCGCUGCCCGGCUACAAUAAUGGACACGUGCUGCUAGUCUCUGAAUGAAAAGUGUUAGGUAAUGUCCUCAUGUUGUUUCGAUAUGUAUAUGCAUUCAUGUUCUGCUCAUAUUCUGUGGGCAGAUGUGGACACCACUGAGGCGAAGAUGCAUCAGCAUGCUUCUCUCUUCAUUGUCGUCCAACUCUGCCCAUUGAUGCUUGUCAAGCAUAAUCACUUUUUUUCUGCAGGCAGUAAGCGCUGUAUAAAUCUCAUACCAUUAAAAUUGCAUGAAAAGAAUCCUAAAUUUAUAAAGGAAAAGCUCGUAAGGAAGGCAAAUGGGUGGUUUGUGUGAUGCUAUUAUCGCCAUUUAAUGUCAAUAUCAUCACGCAUAGAGACUGAAAAAGUUGUGACCCCUGUAAAACGAAUUUUGCAGACAGAAAACGAAAUAAUAAUGUGACUGCUGUGAGAAGUGUCUUGGGUUUUGCGCUUUUAUUCCAAUUAGUUCAGCGAUAUAAUAUUCAGUCCGCCUGCGCAUUCGUCAGAGACAUUCUGCCACCUUGCCCAUAAGCUUUCUGACAGCGCGCCUUGAAAGCAAUUUAAGCGGGUUUAGUGACUGAUGCUUGGCUUUGGACAGCAAUUUACACGACGGAUUUGUCGAGACAAGAGUAUACGAUGUUGAACUCCGUCGUUAAAAUGAAAUAAUAGUUCAAGAACUUUCAUCUAUUUCGCUCACCCCGUCUUAACAUUUUACCUCAUGGUUCAGGUCAAGCGGCGCUGAAUCUGCUAUAGAGCGAUAAUCAUUCUCCGAAGUUUUUCAGGCCACCCAUCCGCUGUGCUCCCGUUUUUUAUAAUAUCAUAUUUUUGGAAGAUCUGUCUUUCGUUGUUGGCUACCUGAUCAAGCGCGAGAUGCUGGUUUGUGUGAUAUCUAAAUCUUAUG